AUGGCCCGCCUCCUCGUCGCUGCCGUCUCCGCUGCACUCCUCGUCUCCAGCGUCUUCGCCACGCCUUUGGAGAGGCGCACCGUCACCGGAAGGGCGACUUGGUACAACGUUGAGACAGGCACCCCCACCGCCUGCGGCACCAUCGUCAAGAACGACGACCCAGUCGUAGCCGUCGGCGCCGACGUCUUCGACGCCCAAAACUGCGGAAAGGUUGUCGAGAUUACCGACCCCACCACUGGGAAGAAAGUGUGCGGAAUCUACUCUGAGUCCUGCGCUCCUUACCUUUCGCCUUCGCUCUUCGAGCAGCUCGGUUCUUUGAGCCUUGGAUUGAUCAAUGGCGUCGAAUGGGAGGUCAAGGAUACCUGCGACGCCUAA